CUCACUGGACAACCGAAAGAGAGGGAACGGCGUUACUCGAUCAUGUCUUAUUGUUCUAACGAGCGGCGAUGUCGUAAUCAAAAUAAUAAUAAUAAGGAAAUGGAAGCAAAGUGCGUUCUUUUUGCCCAUAACUACAUAUGCUUGGAUUUGCUACCUGUUCUACGCGCGAAAGUAUGGGAUUACGGAUUUUUGCUAAGCAGUUGUUCUUCCCUAAGCUUUCCCACCGUGUCGGAAUUUGAGAAGAUCAGGAAGGAGCGGCUAAUAGUGCGGCGGUGGGAGGGGACAAAGAAGGUCUAGCCUUCUACUCCAGUCUUGAAGAGGGAGCAGAAAAUAAAGGCUGGUAAUGGUGGUGCUUCGAUAAGAGUAAAGCUUGCUGUUGUCUUUUAAAAGCUAAGACUGCUGGCGUUGCAAUUGCAGAACAUUUUUUUUCUUUGUGUCCCAUUACUGGGUCUUAGGAAGUAGUGAUAACCACAACAAUACAAACAUUCUGUUUGGAUCCCGGCUUACGUUCCUCUAUUUGUAAAUCUACGACCGCUAGUGCGCAUGUAAAGUGGUGGGGCGUUCUUUGUCAGGCUAAAAUCUCUGGUUCCUUUUAUCUAAAACGAAGAGGAAAUCGGCAGCAUCGAGGAGAAAGGAAGGGGAAGUCUGAGAAGGCCUUCAUGCACAGAAGUCUGAUUGCUUUGAUAUCCUGGAGAAUUGACAGAAAAUGCAAAACAGUGAAGUAAUAAAGCCUGCCAAAUACUUCUCUGAAGUGGAGAAGAGUGUGCUACUGGCAUUAGUUGAGAAAUAUAAGUAUGUACUUGAGUGUAAAAAAAGUGAUGCAAGGACUAUUGCACUGAAACAACGGACCUGGCAGGCCCUUGCUCAUGAAUAUAAUUCCCAACCAAAUGUAUCACUCCGAGACUUCAAGCAGUUGAAGAAAUGCUGGGAGAACAUCAAGGCUCGGACAAAGAAAAUAAUGGCCCAUGAAAGACGAGAUAAGGUAAAAAGAUGUAUUAGUCCACUUAUAAGUAAUCACAUCCUAGGAAAAGAGAAGAUCACCAACAUGAUACCAGAGCAAGUAUACUUUUUACAGACUCCACCGGAAGAAGAUUCUGAAUAUCAGCCUGAAGCUUCCAGCCAAGAAUCAUUCAGUGUUAUAAACAGAGAACCAUGUGAUGAAGAGAAAGAACUUGUACAUUUCCAGGUAUGUGAAGGUACCUCACAAUCUGAGCCUUCCUGUUCAGCAGUCAGAGUAACUGGCAAUAAAAACUUCAGAAAUAAAGCUGCUCAAGAAAGUGAUUUGAAAAAGAUGCAUGAAGAGGAACACCAUCAGCAAAUGUCUAUUUUGCAGCUGCAACUGAUCCAAAUGAAUGAGGUGCAUGUGGCAAAAAUUCAACAGAUAGAAAGGGAAUGUGAAAUGGCUGAAGAAGAACACAGAAUCAAGAUGGAGGUGUUCAACAAAAAAAAAAUGUACUGGGAGAGGAAACUUCAAACUGUUACAAAAGAAUGGCCUGUUCCAUCUUUUAACAGGCCAUUCCCUAAUUCACCCUAGUACAUACGGCAGCCGG